AUGUCUCCCGCAAGAACGACGACGCGAAAGAGUCAAGUAGCCGCCGCUGAUAAAGCGUACGGAUCCAGCGAGGGCACUGGCGCUGGCACUGGUGUUCGCUCCGGUACGGGACUCCGGUCGACCCAGUUUGCACUGUUGGGUCUCUCGUUCCAGGCUGCAAACCCAGAAGGUAAACUGGCAGCUGGUCCGCUGCUCUUGGAACGCUCCGCGAGCGAGACUAGUGAUGCGCUGCUGCCGUGGCCACCGCUUGAUCGACUCCGGCUGCUAUUCGAUCGCGGUGCAGCAGACUGGCUCCGGCAGGAGGUGCUGGGUUUCUUCUUGGAUGCAAGUAGCCAGUGCGCUGACCCACUUGCUCCGCCGGGCACAGUGCUGAGCUUUACAGGCGUUCAUUCCGCGGCAGGGGCGGAAGACGGGGCGCCCCUGGCGUCGACAGCACCCACAGCUUCGACAGCGCCAAACACGAGCGGAUCGGUAACUGUCAAUCGUCUCGGGGGUAAGGCUUGCGGGAGUUGGCUACCGCUGGAACUGAUGGAAAGCGCCUAUGAGCAGGGUGCCUGGCUCGCACAGCACCGCGUCGUGCUAGAACAGCUGGGCGUAAGCCCCGACACGUUCCGCAGCUUCGAGGGCCAUGCCGCCACGAAACGCCGCCCACAACCGAAAAUCAUCGGUUCGAACAACGUCGAACCUGUCCAGGAGGCGUUUUCGAGGCAAUCGAAUGCCGUCCGGGAGGAUCCGGGUUGGUUGAGGUCCCCCGAAACCGCUCAUCGUAUCGAACGUGGGUCGGCACUGCGCCGGCACUCGCGAGCACCCGGUGUCGAUGAUGAGCGCACGCUUUCCUCCGACGAAAGUCGUUCACCGAGCACUGACCGUGACACUCUAGACUCCUCUGAACUGGACUCAGAUUGGACAAUGGAUACAUUCGAUGAUGACGAAUCGUACGAAGCCGACGAAGCGUUCGCAACUGCGGCUGAACGCGAAGCCGUUUUCUGA